AUGGAAGGUGCUGUUGAAUUGUGGGAGCUGGAUGAGAAUGAGACACUCAUUGUCAGCAAGUUCUGCAAGUAUAAGCAUUAUGACCUCAUGUCUACAGUCAGUGUGCUGAGCUCUGGCACACAAGCUGUCAGUGGUAGGAAAGACUUCUGCAUCAAGGUUUUGGACUUUGCUCAGCAAAUGGUUCUGAAUUCAUACCGAGGAAUAAAGGUGCUCCUGGGAUUGCGAGUGACUUCACCUGGGAAGCUUCGGCUCAGAGCUGGGCUCGGAGUCUCGUUCCAGACCCCUGUUCUCCCCUUUGCAGGCUGCAGUGCCUCUGGCUAUCUUCCCACCUCCCUGGCUUGGCAUCCUCAGCAGAGUGAAAUCUUUGUCUUUGGUGAUGAGAAUGGGACUGUGUCCCUUGUGGACACCAAGAGUGCAAGCUGUGCCCUCAGCUCAGCUGUACACUCCCAGUGUGUCACUGGGCUGGUGUUCUCCCCGCACAGUGCUCCCUUCCUGGCCUCUGUCAGUGAAGACUGCUCCCUUGCUGUGCUGGACUCAGGCCUUUCUGAGGUGUUUAGAAGCCGAGCCCACAGAGACUUUGUGAGAGAUGCCACUUGGUCCCCGCUCAAUCACUCCCUUCUUACCACGGUGGGCUGGGACCAUCAGGUCAUCCACCAUAUCGUACCCACAGAACCUCUCCCAGAGCCUGGACCUAAGAGUGUUGCUGAGUAGAUUGGAUUUCAGACAAAAAGCAAAUCCCCAAUGAGUAUCCACUCCCUUUGCCCCUUCCCUCUCAGUUGGUGAGACAACACAGGAGCCUUUUACAGUAUGUUGGUACACCAGAUCUGUGCAGUUAAUAGGCUUUGUCUCUCAGCCUGGGGUAGGCUGGAUUCUGGGGUCCUGUAGCCAGGGAAGAAAAACUUCCUUGAACAUGGAUAUGUAUGUAUCUGAGUGUGUAUGUGGGUAAAUAGCUUUUGUUGAUGGGGGGAAUAAAAAAUCCAUCCCGCAUCUUUCCCAAGGCCCAAUCCCCAUUCCCCCCCGCCCCGCACCCGCCCCAAAGUUAACAAAAGAUUUUAUGCUUCCCACGUAGCUUUGCGUGAGGAAUUUUGGCCAUGUCUGUAUGAGGUAUGGGAUGUGGGCAUCCCUGGAUUUUUGGAAGCAGCUCAUAGAGAUAGGAGCAAUUUUAUUUUUUUAUAGAGCUUAAAUUCACCUUUGUCAUGGGCAGUGCUUCCAUUCACAUCCAGCCCAGCUCACCUUGAGGAAGAGCCAGGACACUUACCACAGUUUUGCGCAUCCCUUGUUAUUAAACUGAGCCAGAAGUCCAGUUUCUGGCUUAAUAAGAAGUUUGGCUGGUACCUGUGUAAUGCCCCCACCCCACCCCCGACCCCCAUGGAGUUGUGUAUAUGAGAGAUGAGUGUAUUUCUGUCAUAGAUGCCAUAGAAGAGUUUCAGGAUGGAGAGCUUAAAGGCAUUUCAGUUAAAAACUGACACAGACUUGCACAGGAAUGUCUGCCACUUUCCCACCUGAAAACAGUCUGGGGCCUGACCUUUUUUGCCUCUGGGCCCCUGUUUCUGGAUAUAGGAAGCCUAAAUGCUAUUUUGGGGGACUCUGAAAAUUUUGAAUACGGCAUCAGAGAAAGAAUCGGAAGUACCGGUCAGUGAAAUAAAAAGUUGAUUCAUUGUUGGCUUGUCUUUUGAAGCGUGUAUGUCAUGUGCCGUUAGACAUGCUACUUAUGUGAGUCAUCAGGGUAUCUCUUAUAGCCUGUUACUUUUUUGUGUGCUUCCCCAGCCCCCCAGAGUAGCUAGUUGGAACUUAAGGUAAAUAUUUGGUUACUUGGUUGGUGGCUACUGCCACUUAGAAGUUAUGGAUCAAUUACUGAUUGUAUUGAAACUAAAUUAAACCAAUUAUGUCCUU